AUGGCAACUUUUGCUGAGAAGCCUAGCAAACCGGGAGAUGUUGUUGCAAGUCAUUCAGCCCCGCGAAAGUUCAAAGCAUCCGAUCUUCCAUUGUCCUCGGCAACUCGAGCCGCAAUAGAGUCCCUGAAGCAUAGUUUCAAAAAGGGCGGAGCCUACGACUCCAUUCGAAAGCAAGUCUGGGAGAAGUUCGAAGCCAGUGACUGCGAGGCUACAGUUAAACAGGCCAUCCUCGAGGUAGCGGAGAAGGAGGUUGACCGCAACCCCCAGCAACUCCUCACCCUCGACCGGCUAAAGGCGAGCGCCCUCAUUGAUGGCGCGCUGGAACGAUCAGGUGUCUAUCAGAAGGCGGAAGGUGUCAUUGCUAAACUAAUCGACAUUGACGCUAUUGAGGAGCGCAUUCGCGAGAUUCGACGAGCUGAGAUUGGUGAAGAGGCCGCUGAGGCAGAGCGCAUCCGCGGCGCAAAAACCGAUGAGGAAUACGCUGCGGAUACAGAGGCACGGCAGGCGGAACGCGAACGAGUGCGCGAGGAAUUGCGUCUCAAAGAAGCCGCCAUUGAAGAAGAGAAGCGUCGCAUCAAGCAGGAGGAACAGAAGAAGGAGGAGCGGGAGCGGGAACAAGCCGAGCUGAAGCGCCAGGCAGAAAGAGACGAGCGACGCAGAAAGCGAGAGGAGGAACGUGCUGAGAGGGAACGCCUCCGGGAUCUGGAGCGAGAAAAAAGGCACAAGGAGCGUGAGCUUCGUGAAAAGGAGAGGGAUCAGCGGGACCGCGAGCGAUCUAGAGACAGAUCCCGAAAUCGAUCCCGAAAUCGAUCCAGAGACCGAUCCAGAGAUCAGGAUAGGGACAAGGACCGAGGGCGUGAUUGGUCAAGGGAUCGUCGGCGCGAUAGGUCCAAGACCAAAGACACAACGUCACAUCAAAAGAUGUCCAAGGAAGACAAUGAAAGACUGGAACAAGAGGCUUUAGCAGACCUUUUACGGGAAAGCUCCCGAUCUGAUCACACAAAGCCUGAGCUUGAAGUUGAUGCCGCGCUAGCACCGCCGCCCCGAAAGAGCGCUCCUGCAUCCGCAAUCAAUCCCAUCAAGCGGGACUCUCGCAAGGCCAGUGAAAGUGACCCCAGAAGCGAGAGACGAGACUCUAGAACAACGGGAGAUCCAAAGGUAUCCGUCUUUCGCGACGAAAUGAGAUCCAGCCGCAGCGCUUCUCGGCCAGUCGAGAGGGAUCGCGAGAAGCACAGGGAGAAGAGUCGUCAACGUGGGGAUAGUCGCCGGCGAGACAGGCGCUCACAAUUUCCAAGGCGAGAAAGAAGCCGAUCUCGCGACCGGGACAGGCGCAAUAGGAGUCGAUCAAAGCUGCGACGGGACAGGACCCGGUCUCGGCCGAGGAGGGACGACCGCCGUGAGCGAAGCCGUUCGCGGGACCGGACCGAUCGACGUAGGAGUCGGUCAAGACGAAGAGACCGCACCAGAUCCCCGGCACGGUCCGAGCGACGCGAACGCAGUCGGUCCCGCGCAAGGACAGACCACAAGGAUUGGGACCGAAGCCGUGAGCGAGACCGCUCACGCACCUCAGGCAGGACGGACAGACGCAGGAGCCGGUCUCGAAGACGCGAACGGAGUCGAUCAAGGGACAGCCGCCGCGGCGUAGCAGAUCGGUACGAUCAUUAUGAUCCUCGAGCGUCCGCCCGUUCGCCACGACGGUCCAGCCGUGAGCGAGCACGUGACAGGGACAGAGAUCGCGAUAGAGACGCAGACCGGGACAAGUUCCGCGAGCGUGACCGUCACAGAGAUCGUGACCGGGACCGCGAUAGAAGGAGUCGCUCUCGCUCCCGCCCCGGCACAUCGGUUGUCCGCACCGCCUCCGCCGCCCGCGAGGAGCACGAAGAGUGGAAACUGGAAGAAGUGCGGAAACGAGAAAAGGAAGCCAAAGCUUACCUGGCGGCCCAGAAGGAUGCCAAAGCCAAGGGCCUCCCUAUCCCCGGUGUAGACGACAAGAAGAUUGGGCGAGAUGACCGGUACAGAAGUAGAUCCAGGAGCCGCAGCCGCGAUAGGGCCAGGUAUCGCGACCGUGAUCGCGACCGUGAUAGGGACAGGGACAGGGACAGGGACAGGAGUCGUGAGCGAGACCGGGACCGACGCGAUAGAGAGCGAGAUAGAGACAGGGACAGGGACAGAGACAGAGACAGGGACAGAGACAGAGACAGGGACAGAGACCGAGACCAAGACAGAGACAGAGACAGGAGGGAUCGGGACGAUGGACGCAGGCGAGACCGUAGUGCAUCGCCCCGACGAGAACGGCGGCGCCCCCGCUCGACUAGUCGUCGUCGACGAAGCAGGAGCCGCUGA